AUUUGAUUCACUUCGAAACUGAGGUAAACAAAUAUGGCGUCUCUUGUACCAAAUUAUGGUAGUGAUGAAGAUUCAUCUUUUACGGAUUCAGAUGAUAAUGUCACAUUGUCAGCGACGACAGAGAAAGACACUGAAGACAAAGCAAAGCAGAAUUUCUUUGACGCCGGUGCAAGUAGUUCAUCAGAAGAAGAGGACAAAGAUGAUAUAAAAACAGAUGAAAAGAACCGUCUUCCUAAUCCACUGCUAGGAGGCCUCCCUCAACCAGUGUUUGAUGCGGACAAUGAUAGGGAACUACUCUCUGUGUUCACAAAUCCUUAUGAAAAGGCAGAACAAGCUAAAAAUACUGUCCUUGAAAAACAUGUGAAAAUGGUCGAAAGGAAUAUUCCUAAGGGAAAAGCUGGGCAAGUCUGCUUCAAGUACAAGAAGGGAAAGUGUCCGUAUGGGAAAAAUUGUAGAUAUUCUCAUGAUUUGAGUUCAGAACUGAUUUCAAAACCCCAAGUAAUGACAGAGGAAAAGUCAGUGUUUGAUUUACAUCACCAUUCUGUUACUGUGCAAAAAAUUGAACCUGAGCUUGAAGAUGAUGACAAUUAUAUGGCAAAUGCCAAAAGGAAAAAGAGAUCUGGAAUUACGGACAACUUACUGCCUCCAAAAAGAGCUCUAAAAUCACUAGAUAAACAAAGACAAAGUGAAAGGCCGUGGACUGUUAACAAUUAAUAAAUUCAAUAUAAUAGUCUUUUAAUUAAUUGUUUUUUGAAUGAUGUAUCUACUAAUUAUGCCAUAUACCAGUUAAGUGCAAUAAAAUUUCCUUAAUUACAACA